AUGCCUAUUUACACCUUUGAUUCGAAGGGAAAUCGGCAUGAGGAUCAUCCCUAUAUUAAGGUGGACUGCUACUACAGCGGCUACGUGGAGGGGGCGCCCGACUCCGACGCGGUGAUCUCCACCUGCUCCGGCCUUCGGGGAUACGUGCAGAUCGGGAACGUCAAGUACGAAAUCCAGCCGGUGGAAAAUUCCCCGACGUUCCAGCACCUUCUUUAUCGGAAGGAUCCGACGGAGCACGUGCCCUGCAAGCACACUCCUGAGGAUCAGGCGAUGCGAGAGCAGGCCGAGGCAGACGGGGGCGCGGCUGUGGAGGAUGGGAUCCUGUUCUCAGAGAGCAAUCCAGAGUUUCCUGGAAAAAACGCACUCUCGAGAUAUCUGGAGUAUUUUGCAGUUUGCGACAACGCCAUGUUCCAGCGCGAGAGGCGCAACGAGACGCGGGUGGCGCUGGCCGUGCUCCAGAGCAUGUCCGUCCUUCACAGUGUAUAUGACGACAUUGGGCUGCACGUGGUUCUGACGGGAAUGGAGCUGUGGACGGAGCGGGACCGGCUGAACAUGGAAUACGAGCUCGACAAAAGCCUGGAGGCGCUUCACAGCUACGCCGUGUCCGAGCUGUGGUGGAAAACCCACUUCAACCACGCGGGUUUAUUCACGGCGGUGGGUGAGGACAGCUCCUUCUCGCCGUCACGACAGGGCAGUCUUUGCAUCCACAACUAUGUCUCUGUCUCCGCUGUCACGCUGGGCCACGUCCUCGGCUUCGCCCACGAUGACCCCCUGGGGCAGGGCGAUGGCGGCAUCUGCGACUGCAACUGCACCUCGAGGCCCGGCCGGUGCAUCAUGUUCUCGGCAGCGGCCGAGUGCCACAGGCUGAGCAACUGCAGCCGGAACGCCUACUACAGGUUCCUGGCCAAGCAGGGGAGGAACUGCUUCCUGAACUUCCCCAAGGACAUGUUCGUGAUGAAGGCCUGCGGCAACGGAGUGCUGGAGGGCAACGAGGAGUGUGACUGCGGGAGGGAUGAGGAGUGCCGGAGCAACGGCUGUUGCCAGGAUGAUUGCAAGCGGAAGCCGGGCGCUGACUGUCUUUCUGGACCCUGCUGUGAAAAUUGUAAGAUCGCAAACGAGGGGAAGGUGUGCCGGGAAGCGGCCUCGGGGUGCGACCUCCCGGAAUACUGCACCGGGGAAUCCGGCAGCUGCCCGCCCGACGUGCACAAGCAAGAUGGCAUGCCCUGCGGCGCCCGCAACACCUGCUACCUGGGCGCAUGCCUGGACUCCAAGCAGCACUGCACCGCCCUCUUCGGCAGAGAUGCCAACCCGGCCCCGCUGAGCUGCUACAAGGAGGUGAACAGCCGUGGCGACCGGACGGGCAACUGCGGCAAGGAUCGUUCCGGAUACAAGAAAUGCAAAGAGGAGUACGAUCGCUCAGACGUCUUCUGCGGGAGGAUCCAGUGCGUCGACGUCAAGAAGCUGCCGAGAAUCGCAGCCGGACAGGCCGUCCUGCAGACCCCCGUGGGCAGCGAGGUCUGCUGGGGCAUCGAGUUUCAGGGGAAGAGCGACCUGCACGACCUCGGAGCCGUGAGGGACGGGUCGCCGUGUGGCGAGAACAAGAUAUGUGUCAACAGAACCUGCGUUCACCUGAAAAUUCUGAAUCACGACUGCGAUUUCUCAAAAUGCAACCACCAGGGGGUGUGCAACAGCAAGAGGAACUGCCACUGCCGCUACGGGUGGGCCCCCCCCUCCUGCACUGGCAGGGGAUACGGGGGGAGCAUCGACAGCGGCCCCCCUCCAGAGAGAAGGAAAUCGAAAAGGUCCCUGAUGCUGGGGUCCCUCAUCGGGGUCGCCCUGCUCCUGCUGGCCCUGGGCCUCGUGCUGAGGAAGUACCUCCACUCGUGGAACUGGCUCGGAAGGCUGAUCAAGGAGAAGGCCUCCCUGGAACCGAUGGAUUCGCUUUCUUCUCCGGAAGCGACGGACACGCUUUCUUCUCCAGAGCCGAUGGAUUCGCUUUCUUCCCCAGAAAAUAUGAACCUGGGCUCCCAGGAACAGAGGAAGCUCCGCCGGGCUGCUGGUCCGCUGGGCCCAAGCCAGGAACUGGGCCCCCUCGCGGUGUGGGCCUGGCGGGGAGCCAGACAGACGGGCGGCGUCGGGCUGCUUCCGACCGUCCAGCUCACGGGUCGGCCCCAUGUGGGUGGUUCGUGGCAUCCGUGUCACGGCGGAGAGCCGUAUGCUCAUAGCCUGCUCCAGAUGCGGACGGGCCCAGAGAGCCUUGGGAGUCAAAGGGAGGAGACGCUGCGACGUCCCUGUGCUCCCUCAGGCCGAGCGGCCCAUGCUCAGCACCAAGCUGAGACAAUCCUGCCCGUUGUCGCUCUUCCCGUGGGGCCGUCAGCAAUCAAAGCCCGUCAUCAGCCGUCAGGAGGGCCUGAGGGCCGGGGGGACCUUUCAGUCUGGGCGCCAGGAGAAGACCAGGGGCUUCUGCGAAGACAGGAGAGGGGGCCCAAAGUGGAUGGCGCUCGGCAGAGCAGGGGAAGCCGUGGGAAGAAGCCAAUGCGCCUCGACGAGAACGCAGGAAUUGCUGGAAGCCAACACGGAUUUCUCCGGAACAAAUCCUGCCAGAUGAACUUGUCUUCGUCGUUCGACUGGGCAGCCUCCCUGACCGACCGUGGGGAUGCUGUGGACAUAAUCGAGCUGGGGUUUGCCAACAUGUGGAACAAACUCCCCCCAGACAUCCUGAGUGCCAGACCAGCGAAAAGCGGGCUAGAUGGUGCAAACUUUAGGUAG